AUUUCAAAGUUUUAAGAGUACAAUUGAACUUGCUUUUAGACAAUUUUCGGAGAACUAUCAAAUACCAUUGAAUUGAAAUUCACAACCAAGCCAAGCCACUUAAUCCUCCCUCUCCAUUGGUUGCUGAUCAUCUCUGUUUCUGCAAUCUGCUCAUUGCUCAGCCCAAAACCCAAAGCCAGUUUUUCAAACCUUCCCACCCAUGAAUUCCACAUUUUACAACCCAAAUGCCGGGACCCUCAAUUUUUCAGCUCAACCGCCAUCAAUCUUCCCAAAAGCAGUAGCAGAAUGCAAAAAUGCCAGAGAUUUGAAGCAACUCCACGCCAUUUUGAUCAAAACCGGUCAAAUCCAUGACCCCCUCACGGCCGCUGAAGUGAUCAGAUUCUGCGCACUUUCACCUCACCGCGAUAUUGGUUAUGCCCGUGCGGUUCUCCGCCAGAUUCCGGAGCCCAAUUGCUUCUGUUGGAACACCAUUUUGAGAGUUCUGGCUGAGUCCAACGACGAACAUCUGCAAUCGGAGGCGUUGCUGCUCUUUCGCGGAAUGUUGUGUGAUGGGCGUGUGAAACCCAACAGAUUCACUUUCCCUUCCGUGUUGAAAGCCUGCGCUAGAACUUCGAGGCUUCGAGAGGGGAAGCAGGUUCAUGGGAUGAUUCUGAAGUUUGGUUUUGACGGGGAUGAGUUUGUGAUUAGUAAUCUCGUUCGGAUGUAUGUGAUGUGUGCGCUCAUGGAAGAUGCGUAUUCUCUGUUUUCUAAGAAUGCAGUUAAUUCUGAUGGGCCUUAUCAAAUGGCUGUAGAUAAGAGGAGAGAAGAAGGGAAUGUGGUUUUGUGGAAUAUAAUGAUUGAUGGGCAUGUGAGACUUGGGGAUUUAAAGAAUGCGAAGUACUUGUUCGACGAAAUGCCUCAAAGAAGUGUAGUGUCAUGGAAUGUCAUGAUAUCGGGGUAUGCACAAAAUGGGCAUUUCAUGGAGGCCAUAAACAUGUUUCAACAAAUGCAAAUUGCCAAUGUUUCUCCAAACUAUGUGACUUUGGUGAGUGUCUUGCCAGCCAUUUCACGAAUUGGCGCACUAGAAUUGGGGAAAUGGGUCCACUUAUACGCAAGAAAGAAUGAGAUUGAGAUCGAUGAUGUGCUUGGUUCUGCUCUGGUGGACAUGUAUUCCAAAUGUGGGAGCAUUGAGAAGGCACUUCAGGUCUUUGAGAGGCUGCCUAAAAGGAAUGCCAUUACUUGGAGUGCCAUAAUCGGUGGAUUUGCAAUGCAUGGUCGCGCAGAGGAUGCAAUCAAGUACUUUAACUCGAUGGAAGAAGCUGGCGUGACUCCCAACGAUGUUGCUUUUAUUGGAAUUUUAAGUGCCUGCAGCCAUUCAGGGCUAGUGAAUGAGGGUAGAUCAUUUUUCAACCACAUGGUUAAGAUGGUUGGGCUAGAACCAAGAAUUGAACACUAUGGAUGCAUGGUUGAUUUACUCGGCCGUGCUGGGCAUCUGGAAGAGGCUGAGGAACUUAUCAAAAACAUGCCAAUCAAGCCAGAUGAUGUGAUAUGGAAAGCUUUGCUUGGUGCUUGUAAAAUGCACAAGAAUAUAGAGAUGGGUGAGCGUGUGGCUGAGACGUUAAUGGAGUUGGCUCCUCAUGACAGUGGAUCCUAUGUUGCUCUCUCAAAUAUUUAUGCUUCUUUGGGAAAUUGGGAGGCAGUUUCAGGGGUGAGGUUGAUGAUGAGAGGGAUGGAUAUCAGAAAAGACCCUGGAUGUAGUUGGAUUGAGAUCCAUGGAAUAAUCCAUGAGUUUCUUGUAGAAGAUGAUGCCCAUCCUAGAGCUAAAGAAAUCCAGGCCAUGUUGGGAGAAAUUUCCAUGAAGUUAAGGUCGAAAGGCUACAGACCAAAUACCUUAGAAGUGUUUCUCAACGUGGUUGAAGAAGAAAAGGCAAGAGCCUUGCAAUAUCACAGUGAGAAGAUUGCAGUUGCGUUUGGAUUAAUCAGUAUAGCCCCACAAUAUCCACUUAGGAUUGUUAAGAAUCUACGUAUAUGUGAAGAUUGUCAUGCUUCUAUAAAGCUUAUCUCCUUGAUUUAUAAGCGUCAAAUCAUUGUGCGGGACCGGAAGCGAUUCCAUCAUUUUGACCAUGGCUCAUGUUCAUGUAUGGAUUAUUGGUAAUUUUUCAGAGGCAAAUGGCUGUUGCCUUUUGUACAGAACUGUAGAAGAUUGGAGUAUUCAUAAUGAAGACCCUAAGGAAAGUCAGUCCAUUCUUGCUCGGUCAUCUGCCUCGGUGAAUUAUUUAUUUAUAUACUCAAGGCAGUCCGGAAUUUGCUCCACAACUAAAAAUAUUUUGAUCAAAACCAUACACCGACUUGCAUCAGUGAUUACUUAAAACUUCUCUAUAACUGGGUGUGCCCUCUAGCAUUAUUCUAAUGGCUCACCUCCAACUAAUCCUCGAAGAAAAUGUCCAGUGUUUACAUGAUACUGCACUAUCUCUGCAGGAAAUYGAGUGGCUGAAGCCAUAUUUUCGAGGCUGAAAACCGAGGCAAAAAAAGUCCCCAAGGGGGUUAGGAGGGAAAUUGCUGCUUAGUCAGUCCCUAUCUGCGUUUGCCCACCCCAACGUGAGCUCUGCGAAACUAGGGGGAUUUCUUUAAAUAUUCUAAGCCCUUACCACCAGGCUACCCUAGGAGUUUGGUGAUUACUUUACAAUCCACAUAUACUCAGAAUCUAGAUAGGGUUGAAAUAUCUUUCUAGGAUGUCUCAAGAAGAAURGUUUCGUUACCUUCAAUUUUUUUCCUGCAGUUAGUCCACUUCUUCCCAACUGUUGCAGUCUGAUGUUUGCUAGAAAAUAUAACUUUGAAAAGUUAA